CGUAACAUGGGCAAACCGUCCCACCCCAGCUUCGACGGGUGUGGGGGACACCUGGCCAGUUGCUGCAGUCACCCACCCCACACUACCCCUCGCUGACCGAAGCGGCCUCACAGAGAAUUACCCAAAGCAGUAACUCCGAAAUCAAGGUCGCAUCCAUUGCGACUGAACAUCUCCAUGCGCAGCGUGCCUACUCCCCUUGAUCUCCUACACCUCGCCCUGCUCUACACAAUACCCUGCCGUUCGUCAUGCCUCCCAUCACGCGCCCCCGCCGCAUUGUCGGCGUCUCGCUGAAAAUGUACUUCGACCUGACCAGCACACUCUCCUACGUCCGUGGCGUUCUCCAACUGGACGGCGAUGCCUGGAACGCAAACGUCGACCUCUUUGUUAUCCCUGACUUUGUCUCGCUCACAGAGGCUCGGCGCAUACUAGAGCCCUCGUCCAUCAUGCUCGGUGCACAGGACACGCAUUGGGAAGACAGAGGUGCUUUUACAGGAGAAGUCAGCCCAGCAGUGCUGCGGCAAGCUGGCGCUAGGAUCGUGGAGAUCGGGCACGCAGAGCGAAGAGCGCUGUUUGGCGAGACAGACGAGACCGUUGCAAAGAAGGCUGGCGCAGCUGCGAGGAACGGGCUGAUACCGCUGGUCUGCAUCGGAGAGAAGACCCACCACAGCAUAGCUUCAGCAGCUGUGGGUGCGGCGAUACAAGAGUGCAAACGGCAGGUGACAUCAGUGUUGGCCGCUGUGCCUGACGAUCAAGAGGUCAUAUUGGCGUACGAGCCGGUCUGGGCAAUCGGUGCAAAGGAGCCUGCAGACCCUGACCACGUUGUCAAUGUUACCACGGAGCUUAGGAAGCUCGCAGCCGGCAGAACCGGUGUCACAAGAAUCGUCUACGGCGGCAGCGCAGGGCCAGGCACGUUUGCAAAGAUUGCCGAGGGUGUGGAUGGACUGUUUCUCGGUCGGUUUGCUCAUGACAUCCAGAAUCUCAAGAAGGUGAUUGAAGAAGUCGGCGGAGCGUAGAGCAAUCGGCCUACACGUAUGAAGUCGGAGCCUGGAGGCAUGGACGUGGAAAUGAUUUCACAUCAGUCCGCCCGAUGACCAAGCCGCGCUAAGACGACGAAAUUGUAAUCAACUGUGAUUACUGAGUCUUUACCUUGGAUGUAUGUUCCCCUACAUAUGACUGACUGCGUGCCGUAGCUUGCACGUAGGUACACAUCUGGGUGCGAUUGAGGCUUGUCGUCGGGUAUCAAUGCUGUGCUCCUGCCCUAAAA